UCUGAGAACCCUGGAUUUCACAAACAAGAUAUUAGGCGCCAGUUGAUUUAUGCAAUGGCAAAAAAGGGAAAAGUUCCAGAUCGUGCCCAGCAACCCUUUGCCCUUUCCUUAAUAACUUUGAUGGAUUAUCGUACGAAACUUCCGGAUUAAUUUUGAUUCUUUCAAAAGAAGUUAAUGCGAGGAAGGAUUGAAGCAUCUAUUAGCGGCUGCGGCAGAGGGUUUGGGAAACCGGCAAACCGGCAAACCUUCUCCUUUCUCCGCAUCCCUUUUCCGUCGUUGUAGCUCCUCCUCGUCGUCUUUUUCUUCUUCCAGCAUCUGCAAAUCUUUGUUCUUCUUUCGCUUUUCGAAGUAAGCGCCUGUAUUUUUCUAAGCUUCAUCAUUCCGCUUGAUGGGCGAGACGGGGCAGUUGAAGCAAGCUUUGAUCAGUUCCUCCGCCGGAGCAAUCUCGGGCGCUAUCUCUCGGAUGGUGACCUCGCCGCUGGAUGUGAUCAAGAUUAGGUUUCAGGUUCAAAUGGAACCAACAUCAUCAUGGGACUUCCUUCGAAGGGACUUGUAUGGUCCUUCAAAAUACACUGGGAUUCUGCAAGCCAGCAAGGACAUUUUUCGAGAGGAAGGUUUCUUGGGUUUUUGGAGAGGAAAUGUUCCAGCUCUCAUGUUGUACAUGCCAUAUACUGCUAUACAAUUUACAGUUCUUCACUAUUCGAAAACUCUUGCAGCAGGUUCUUCAAAGAAAGAGGAUCACUUGCAGUUGAGUCCUUAUUUGUCUUAUUUUAGUGGAGCAUUUGCAGGAUGUGCAGCAACUAUAGGGUCAUAUCCUUUUGAUCUUCUACGGACAGUCUUAGCCUCACAGGGUGAGCCGAAGGUCUAUCCAACCAUGAGAUCAGCUUUGUUUGACAUAAUUAAAACUCGUGGUGUACGAGGACUAUAUGCUGGAUUGUCGCCCACACUUGUUGAAAUCAUUCCCUAUGCUUCUCUGCAAUUUGGAUCAUAUGACACUUUCAAGCGUUGGAUGAUGGUUUGGAAUAGAUACAGAUUUUCCUAUAUUGGCCCAAUCAAGCCAGAUGAUUCUCUAUCAAGCUUCCAAUUGAUUCUUUGUGGUUUUGCAGCUGGAACCUGUGCGAAAACCAUUUGUCACCCUCUAGAUGUGGUCAAAAAGCGAUUCCAGAUCGAAGGUCUAGAGAGGCAUCCAAGGUAUGGGGCACGAGUAGAGAGCCAGAAAUACAAGAACAUGCAUUAUGCCUUGAGAGACAUAUUCCACGCAGAAGGGUGGCCUGGUUUAUACAAGGGCAUCUUUCCCAGUUUAUUAAAAUCUGCUCCUGCUGCUGCAGUCACAUUUGUUGCAUACGAGUACACUUCCAACUGGUUGCAAUCUCUACUCAUUUGAUUAAUUUGUUCGUUCUAUACAUGACAAACACUACACAACCAAAGUUUUGGUCGUUUAGAAGUGUCCGUCGACCCCAUGAAGCACGGGGAACUAAUGAUCACAACCUUGUUAUCUUAUGUCACUUUUCACACUAAUUUAUACCCUUUUCUUUUGUUUAUUCCCUUCAUUUUUCCACCAGGUUGUUUAUAUCGUUUUUUUUUUACUUCACUUUGCCUUUGGCUGAAAUGAUAUCAUGUUUUACUUUUUAGGAUAUAGAAAUUGAUUUAUAUCCGGUUCAUUCAAGUUAAAUUCUCAUUCAUCUCCAUGUAUAUAUAUGAUGGUCCCUUGUAUCAAUAUUGUUUAAUUGGAUGCCAAAUUUAAUUGAUGAAGAA